AUGGCCUUUUUUGCUUCAACACCCGAGUAUGAGACCCAGGAAGCCCACAAGGAAUACACCAAGUAUCAACUCCAGGACUGCAACUUCAUAUAUGAAGAUCCUGAAAAUGAAGAGCAACCCAGCACAUUUUUAUCAGAAUAUAUAUUACACAUUUUCACCUCCCACCUCACUGCAAUAUCUGGGAGAGUGAGGGUUGAUGUGUUGGUCCAGUUUGGGAAGCCUGGAUAUGUGACUGCAUUGGUGCUUGCAGCCGCAGCAGUAAUAAUCUUGAAAGCUGAGCGUGCUCUUGUCCUCGUCCAAGGUCAUCUACUGAUUGAUAGCGACCCCUCCAACAAUGGUGGCAAGACUCACAAGAUUCUGCAAACAAUCAAUGAAGCCAUGAACAAGAUGAGUCACACAGGAAUGGCAUUCUCCUCUGGGAACUGGGAGAUGGACACUAAGGUGUACAUGGAAAGUAUCAAGGAACUGCCAUACUCACGUAUCCAGGAGAUUCUUACUCAUGCUGAAGAGUACAUGAAACACCCACAUCACAAUUAUUGUUCAGUAGUGGAUGAGAGUGGCUCCUCCCAGUCUGUUAACAAGCACGCCCACCUGCGCAUCUGUAAUUUUAUUUUAUUUGUAUUUUUCUUCAUCUGCUAA